AUGCCUCCUCCUCACUAUGACUUUCUGAUCAAGCUGCUUCUCAUCGGUGAUUCAGGCGUCGGCAAGUCUUGUCUGCUUCUGCGAUUCUGCGACGACGCAUGGACGCCCUCCUUCAUCACCACCAUCGGCAUUGACUUCAAGAUCCGCACCAUUGAGCUUGACGGCAAGCGCAUCAAGCUCCAGAUUUGGGAUACCGCCGGCCAGGAGCGUUUCAGGACGAUCACCACAGCUUAUUAUCGCGGAGCGAUGGGCAUCCUCCUCGUGUACGAUGUCACGGACGAACGCUCAUUCAACAAUAUCCGCACAUGGCACGCCAACAUCGACCAGCACGCGUCAGAAGGCGUCAACAAGGUUCUCAUUGGUAACAAGUCCGACUGGUCCGAGAAACGCGCCGUUACUGAGGAGCAGGGUCGUGAGCUCGCCAACGAGCUCGGCAUCAAGUUCAUGGAGACCUCGGCGAAGAUCAACGAUGGCGUCGAGGAGGCAUUCUUCACGCUCGCGAGGGACAUCAAGACCCGUCUCAUCGACUCACAGUCAGAUGCUGUGGGCGCUGGGCCUGGUUCACAAGGUGCCGAGGGCUCCGUCAAGGUCAACCAGCCCUCGAGCCAGCCUACACCAGGCUGUUGCUCGUAA